AUGAUGCAAAGUCGCCCGCCGGCUGGUGGGCGGGGGCGUCACAUGGUCCUGCCGGCGUGGAUGACUCAAGGACAAAACGCCGGCGCCGCCUCGACUCCCAACGGCGCCGCGGCUGCGCCAACGCCCGCGGCUGCCCGCGCCCCUGCCCCUUCUGUCCCGCCGUCUUCCUCCGUCUCUUCAGGCUUGACUGGGGGGCGCGCUGCAGCGCCUCAGCCGCCAGCUGGCCUCAGCUCCUCCCUGUCACUCCCCAGCGCGUCUUUCAGCCCUGGUUUCAGUCGCGCAAACGACGCUCCGCCCACGGCCCUCGCGGCCGCUGGAGCCGCGUUGGGCGCGCCUCGCGUCAAUCCGUACGCAGGAGCGGCGUCAGUCUCUUCGCUACCAGGCGCGAACGCGCUUUCUUCCUCUCUGAACGGCGAUGUGAAGACCUUCUCCGGCAUCGCUCGCUGGAUGGACGAAGGCAGCCGUGGGCGCAGCAGAAGCCGCAGCGGCAGCCGGCGCUCGAGUUCUCGGGACGGCUUCCGCAGAGGCCGAGACGACGACAGACGGCGCAGAAGCAGCGCCUCCUCUCGUUCCUCGUCUGGCGGCCGCGGCAAGUCGCGCAGAGGGCGCAGCAGCAGCGCAGCCAGUCGGCGUCGUGGUCGAGACAGGAGGGACUCCUCCAGAGACAGGGGCGACGGCGGAAGCCCGACCGGAGGCAGGCGCAGCAGCCGAAAAGACCGCCGAAGGGGGAGAUCGCGCAGCAGCGGCAGUCCAAGCGACGUCGACGGCAGGCGAAACAGAUCGACAAGCCCGGGGAGAAGAGGCGAUCGGUACGGCUCACGAAGGCUGGCAGGCGACUCCUCCCCCAGGCGACGAAACGACCGCAGCAGGAGCCGCAGCGGCCGCAGGGCUCGCGGACGAAGUCAAAGCGAGGAUCGCAGACGCAGCAGAGACGGGCGAACCGGCCGAUCAAAGAGGAGUCCCUCACCGUCUGACCACAGCCCGGGGGCCGCGGAUGCCUCGCGUACCAGCGCUGCGACGCUUGCAGACAGGCUUAUGGAGGUCAGACAGAUGCCCCGGUCGAAGCGCGCAAGUCGACGCUCAGAUGUGCUCAUGUUUCUCGCCAGAGACGACGACUUCUACGCCGAGGACAGACAGGGACGAGGCUUCCGCCGAGAUGCUUUCCUGACUGAAAUGGUUCUCGAUGCGCCAGAGACGAAAGUGCGCGUGAACAAGCGGCUGCUUCUCGAAGAAUCCGAGCGUCACUCCUUCUCCGUGGACUUCGAAGAGCACACCGAGGGCCGCGAUCAAGUCGUUUUGUACGAGUGCGUCAAUGGCAAGGUGGUUCGCGUAUACUGCUUCAGAGAUAGUGAAAGCCUGGUUCGAGAAAAGCUUCCCCUGGAAGACUUGAAGAAGACGCGUAUUUAUGCCAAGGCUUGGAAGUACUGCUCAAGAAAGGGGGUGCCUUCAAGUGCACAGCACCACUAUUUCGACUACGUGCACAACCCGGAGGUGAUCGGAUAG